AUGAUAUCAGUUUAUGCUGAAAAAGAAUUAGAUCAAAAUGGUUUUAAGAAUUUACAAUUAAUAGAAGAUUCUUUUAAAGAAGGAAAAGUUAAAAUUGCAAUAAAAUAUUAUCAUGAAAUACCAACAAAAAAUAUAAAAUCAAAUCCUAUAAUCCUUUUUGAAUUAUUUAAAGGAUUAUUUGAAUCAAAAAUAGAAAAUUCUAUAAUUUCUUCAAUUUUUAAUAUGAUAAAAAAAUCAGAUAUUAAAAUUAAUUCAGAUAUUGGAUAUUUUUUAAUGGUGGGAUUUCUUUGGAAUGAUGGAUUGAAAUAUGCGGAAAGAAUUUUACAAGAAAUGAUGGAAUUAAAAAUAAUUCCACCCGCUCAUGCUUUUAUUUUAUUAAUGCGAUCAUAUUGGAAAAAUGAAAUGAUAAAUAAAUCAGAAAAAUUAUUGGAAUUAAUUAAAUUUAUAAAUAUUCGAGAAUAUUCAUAUUAUCUUAGACUUUUAUUAAUUUAUUAUAAUAAAAAGAAAGAUAAAGAUGGUAUAUAUAAAUGGAUAAAUGAAUUGAUGAAAUUUACUGAUGAAGAUUUUAAAAUAAGGAAUUUUCCUGUAUUAAUGCUCUCAUAUGGAAUAUUGGGUAAAUUAUCUAAUACUUUAGAAUUAUGGGAAGAAUUAAAUGAAAAAUAUUCUGGUGAAGUUUUAUCAUCUGCUAUUUCAGUUUUAUUGGAUCAAAUUGGAAUUUAUGGUGACAUUACAACUUUAAAAAAACAUUGGAAAUUAUUUAUAAAUGAUUCAAAUGAUAAGUAUAUAUUAAAUUUAAAUCAUUUUAAUUCUUAUAUAGAAGCUUUAUGUCGUUUUAAAGCUUUUGAUGAAGCUAUCAAA